UUUCUCUCCUUCGCACUCUGGUCUUUUCUUUGCCUCCGCAGCCGGCCAGGGGGCGGGCCCUGCAGCCUUUGUUGCCUGCGGACCCAGCGCAGCCGCCUGCCGGGCCGGAGCUCGGGCCCCAGGACGCCGGGAACUGCACACGGGUCGGGCAUGUCCUGAGCCGGACCCGGGACCGGGCAGCGAGCAGACGGGACGGACGAGAGUGUGCGUUCAGGGUCGCCAGGCGGCCGCCUGGCCCCGGCCAUGCCCGGCGGCCUGAGUCCCCGCAGCCCCGCGCCACUGCUGCGCCCCCUCCUCCUGCUCCUCUGCGCUCUGGCGCCCGGCGCCCACGGAUCCGCACCAGGGCACGCUGCCAAGGGCCGGGCGGCGCUGGACAUCGUGCACCCGGUGCGCGUGGACGCAGGGGGCUCCUUCCUGUCCUACGAGCUGUGGCCGCGCGCGCUGCGCAAGCGAGACGUGUCCGCGCGGCGCGGGGCGCCCGCCUUCUAUGAGCUGCAGUACCGCGGCCGCGAGCUGCGCUUCAACCUGACCCCUAGAAGCCCUUGGCUGUGUGAAAUGGCAGGGAAGAAGAUUCCAGGCAGAAGGUGCAAAGUGAACAAAGGCCCAGAGGGAGGAAAAUGCAGUGUACCUGGGGUCAGUCAGGGGUGGUGGGCUCCGCUGGGCAGGGCGGGCCUCAGAUCGUCAGGAAGAGCAGCUGAGCGCCAGCCCUGCCGUGUGCCCCUCGUGCUUCUUCCCCAGAAAGGGGUGUUCCAGCUCUCCCACGAGGACUACUUCAUUGAGCCCCUGGAUGGUGUCCCAGCCCGGCCUGGCCGUGCCCAGCCCCACGUGGUAUACAAGCGCCAAGCCCCUGACAGGCGGGCAGAGCUGGGGGAAUCCAGGGCUGCAGGCACCUGUGGGGUGAAAGAGUCCCCAGAUCUGGAGACCCGGCGGGAGCGUUGGGAGCAGCGGCAGCAGUGGCGACGGCAGCGGCCGAGGCGUCUACACCAGCGCUCGGUCAGCAAAGAGAAGUGGGUGGAGACCCUGGUGGUAGCUGAUACCAAAAUGGUGGAGUACCACGGGCAGCCAAAUGUCGAGAACUACGUGCUGACCAUCAUGAACAUGGUGGCCGGCUUGUUUCAUGACCCUAGCAUUGGGAACCCCAUCCACAUCACCAUUGUGCGCCUGAUUCUGCUGGAAGAUGAGGAGGAAGACCUAAAGAUCACUCACCACGCAGACAACACCCUGAAGAGCUUCUGCAAGUGGCAGAAGAGCAUCAACAUGAAGGGGGACACCCACCCGCUGCACCAUGACGCCGCCAUCCUGCUCACCAGGAAGGACCUGUGUGCAGCCAUGAACCGGCCCUGCGAGACCCUGGGCCUGUCCCACGUGGCGGGCAUGUGCCAGCUGCACCGCAGUUGCAACAUCAACGAGGACACGGGCCUGCCCCUGGCCUUCACCGUGGCCCACGAGCUCGGGCACAGUUUUGGCAUUCAGCAUGACGGAAGCGGCAAUGACUGUGAGCCCGUUGGGAAACGGCCUUUCAUCAUGUCUCCACAGCUCCUGUAUGACGCCGCUCCGCUCACCUGGUCCCGCUGCAGCCGCGAGUACAUCACCAGGUUCCUCGACCGUGGGUGGGGCCUCUGCCUGGACGACUCUCCUGCCAAGGAUGUCAUCGACUUCCCCUCGGUGCCACCUGGCGUCCUCUAUGACGUGGGCCACCAGUGCCGCCUCCAGUACGGGGCCUACUCUGUCUUCUGUGAUGACAUGGACAAUGUCUGCCACACACUCUGGUGCUCCGUGGGGACCACAUGUCAUUCCAAGCUGGAUGCAGCUGUGGACGGUACCAGGUGUGGGGAGAGCAAGUGGUGUCUGAAUGGGGAGUGCGUUCCUGUGGGCUUCCGGCCCGAGGCCGUGGACGGUGGCUGGUCUGGCUGGAGCGCCUGGUCCGUCUGCUCGCGGAGCUGCGGCGUGGGCGUGCAGAGCGCCGAGCGGCAGUGCACGCAACCUGUGCCCAAAUACAGGGGCAAAUACUGCGUGGGCGAGCGGAAGCGCUUCCGCCUGUGCAACCUGCAGGCCUGCCCUACCGGCCGCCCCUCCUUCCGCCAAGUCCAGUGCAGCCACUUCGAUGCUAUGCUGUACAAGGGCCAGCUGCACACGUGGGUGCCUGUGGUCAAUGACGGUGAGUCCGGCUGCCCAUGGGAUCUCACAACACACCUUCACGGUUCGAGUUCUCCCUGUUUCACACCUGAGGAAGCUGAGGCUCAGGGAGGUGGAGGGGUUUUCCUGGGGUCAGAGGGCAUGACUGUGGUGGUGCCCCCACUCCCCACCCCGGCAGGCCCCCAAGGCUGGGGCCCAGCACCAGGGGCCACCCCUCCCCGUAUGUUGCAGAAUGUGGGCUGUGACUUCGAGAUUGACUCAGGUGCUGUCGAGGACCGCUGCGGCGUGUGUCACGGCAAUGGCUCCACCUGUCACACCGUGAGCGGGACCUUCGAGGAGGCCGAGGGCCUGGGUUACGUGGACGUGGGGCUGAUCCCAGCCGGCGCUCGCGAGAUCCGCAUUGAGGAGGUGGCUGAGGCCGCCAACUUCCUGGCCCUGCGCAGCGAGGACCCGGAUAAGUACUUCCUCAACGGUGGGUGGACCAUCCAGUGGAACGGGGACUACCAGGUGGCAGGCACCACCUUCACAUACGCACGCACAGGCAACUGGGAGAACCUCACGUCCCCUGGUCCCACCGACGAGCCUGUCUGGAUCCAGCUCCUGUUCCAGGAGAGCAACCCUGGGGUGCGCUACGAGUACACCAUCCACAGGGAGGCAGAUGGCCACGGCCAGAUCCAGCCGCCUGAGUUCUCCUGGCAUUAUGGGCCCUGGACCAAGUGCACAGUCACCUGUGGCACAGGCAUGCAGAGACAAAGCGUGCACUGCACUGAACGGCAGGCGGGGCCUGUGGAUGAGAGACACUGUGACCCCCUGGGCCGGCCGGAUGACCGCCAGAGGAAGUGCAGCGAGGAGCCCUGCCCGGCCCGGUGGUGGGCAGGUGAGUGGCAGCCGUGCUCCAGCUCCUGUGGCCCUGGGGGACUCUCCCGCCGGGCUGUGCUCUGCAUCCGCAGCGUGGGGCUGGACGAACAGAGCGCCCUGGAGCUGCCUGCCUGUGAGCACCUGCCCCGGCCCUCUGCUGAAACCCCUUGCAACCGUGAUGUGCCCUGUCCAGCCACCUGGGCCGUGGGGAACUGGUCUCGGUGCUCGGUGACGUGUGGGCCAGGCACUCAGCACCGAAGCAUCCUCUGCACCAAUGACACUGGUGUCCCCUGCGAUGAAGCCCAGAGGCCAGCAAGCGAGGCCACCUGCCUUCUGCCCCCCUGCCCGUGGGCCCUGGACACGCUGGGCCCUGAAGGCUCAGGCAGCGGCUCCUCCAGCCACGAGCUCUUCAAUGAGAUCGACUUCAUCCCCCGCCGCCUGGCCCCACGCCCUCCACCCGCCUCCUCACCCAAGCCGGCUGGCAUGGGCAAUGCCAUUGGGGAGGAGGACCCCGAGCUGGGCCUGCCGGGGCCUGUGUUCGUUGAUGACUUCUACUAUGACUACAAUUUCAUUAACUUCCACGAGGACCUGUCCUAUGGGCCCUUUGAGGAGCCCAACACAGACCUGGCAGGCACAGGGGGUUGGAUGCCCCCACCUCCGAGCAGCCCUGCUGAGCCUUCCAUGGGCAUCCCCAUGCCUACCACAGAGCCUCCUGGGACUAAGGAGGAGGGGGCGCUGGGAGAUUGGUCCCCUGCCCCUCAGCCCACCCAGACUGGCCAUUCCACACCCCCACCCUCGGAGCAGACCCCUGGGAACCCCUGGGCCAACUUCUUAUCUGAGGAAGAGGCCCCCAUUGGAACCCCAGACCUUGGGCUGCCCAGCUUGCCCUGGCCCCGACUUCUUGGCAUGGAGACGCCUGCUGUCCCUGGGGACCAAAAUAAGUUCCUGGGAGGGGAGGACAGCCAGAGCCAGCCACCCCCUCCCUGGUGGGAGAGGACCAAUGAGGUUUCCGAGGACAACGAGGAAGCCUUAGGCCGCAGAGCGCCUCACCUCCCCCAAAGACCCAGCCCCACGUCGCCUGCUGGGUCCACCAUCAGCACCACCCACCCCUCUCCUGGUCCUGACCCCAUAGAGCUGUGGACAAGCAGGACUGUGGCCUGGGAACCAGCUCUGGAGGGCGGCCUGGUGCCUGUGGACGGUGAGCUGUGGCCCACAGUGGGGGGCGCUCCUCCCCCUCCUCCUCCCACAUCCGCUCUGCCAGACACUCGGGGCAUGGACAGCCCCCUGGAGCCGGGGACUCCCACCCUUUCAACCCCAGGACUGGCUCCUCAGGACCUGCAGACCCUGGCAGUGCCGGGAACUUUCCUUCUGAGGGCCCCAAUCAACCUAGGGCACACGCCUUGGGUGACCGCCCUGAGCCCGGGCCCCUUGGGCCAGCCUGGGUCCCCGAGUCCUGAGGCACCCCCACGCCCUGUGUGGCUGUCCACACCAGCCCAGGACAAUGCAGCCAACAGCAGCAGAGCCCCUGGGCCUCCGGACCCCAGAUUGGCCGAGGAGGGGCCCCCCACAAACCUGCCGCCUGCCAGGAAUGCCAGUUGGGAAGUGGGAAACUGGAGCAAGUGCUCCACCACCUGCGGCCUGGGUGCUGUCUAGCCCGUGCGCUGCAGCUCCGGCCGGGAGGAAGACUGCGCCCCCGCUGGCCGGCCCCAGCCCGCCCGCCGCUGCCACCUGCGGCCCUGUGCUGCCUGGCACACGGGUAACUGGAGUAAGUGCUCCCGCAGCUGUGGCGGCGGGUCCUCCGUGCGGGACGUGCAGUGUGUGGACACACGGGACCUCCGGCCCCUGCGGCCCUUCCACUGCCAGCCGGGGCCUCCCAAGCCGCCCGCCCGCCGGCCCUGCGGGGCCCAGCCCUGCCUCAGCUGGUACAUCUCUUCCUGGAGGGAGUGCUCCGAGGCCUGCGGCGGGGGUGAGCAGCAGCGUCUGGUGACCUGUCCGGAGCCCGGCCUCUGCGAGGAGGCGCUGAGACCCAACAGCACGCGGCCCUGCAACACCCACCCCUGUACGCAAUGGGUGGUGGGGCCCUGGGGCCAGUGCUCAGCCCCCUGUGGUGGUGGUGUCCAGCGGCGCCUGGUCAAGUGCGUCAACACCCAGACUGGGCUGCCCGAGGAAGACAGCGACCAGUGCGACCACGAGGCCUGGCCUGAGAGCUCCCGGCCGUGCGGGGCCCAGGACUGUGAGCUCACCGAGCCGCCACGCUGCGAGCGUGAUCGCCUGUCCUUCGGUUUCUGCGAGACGCUGCGAAACCCCAGGCUCAUUGAAUCCGUGUUCCAGGAGGAGACAGGCUCACCAGCUCCUCGCCUGCUGUCUGGGAAUCCUCACUGCAGCCCCCACCACCGCCGGAAAGACAUUUAG